AUGCCUGGUUACUCCCUCGAAAACCAGGUCGUGCUCAUCGCGGGUGGAUCCCAAGGUUUGGGUAAAGAAUUUGCACGCAGAUACUACAAAGAAUCCGAGAAAUCGACCAUCAUCGUGGUGAGCAGGUCUCGCCAGAAAUUGCACCAGGCGGUGCGCGAUAUUACGGGCACCGAGAACACUGUUGAGCUCACGACAGACGCGAAACCGCACGAUGGGCGUAGCAGGAUAAUGUACAUGGCGUGCGAUUUGUCUGUGUACGAUGAAGUAGAAAAACUGUACAACGUGCUUCUUGCAGGCACGCUAGUUCCCACUCAGGUACUUAUGUGCGCUGGUGGAUCGCACCCGGGUUUGUUUAAAGAUCUGACUGGUGCGCAGCUCGAAUUGGGCGUUCGUGUCAACUAUCUCACGUGUUUGAACCUUGCGCACGUUGCAGUGAGACGGUCACCUCUCUGUCAUCUCGUUUUCUUCUCUAGCGAAACAGCGUUUUUCCCCUUCAUCGGGUACACACAGUACGCUCCACUGAAGCAGAGUAUCAAGUCGCUCGUCGCGAUUUUGCGUCAGGAAUGUCAAUACCAGCGAAUUUCAUGCGUAUACCCGGGCAAUUUCAAGAGCGAGGGCUAUGAACUUGAAAACGAAACCAAGCCUACCAUCACGCAAGCCAUUGAAGGUUCUUCACAUCCAAUUUCGUGCGAAAAAUGCUGUACUCGUAUCAUUCGUUCGCUUUCUGCCGGCUACGACGACGUGAUCACCGAUUUCAUUGGUUGGGUACUCAUGAGCACGGACAUGGGACUCAACAAGCAAAGUACACGCUCUUUUGCUUGGUUUGCGCAAUGGCUUUUGGGCAUUUUGGCCAAUCUCGUCAUCAUUCCGAUUUAUAUGCUAAUUUGUGCGUUCCAGAUCCGCCAAUGGCACCAAAAUCGCAGCAAAAAUUGA